UUUGUAACGUUUGCCACCUCUUGCAUCUGCUCCUGGGUCCGAGGAAAAGCUGAUGGUAGCAGUAGGGAAUGCAGGUCCCCAGGCAGAGCUGCUGCUGAAUGGCGCUGGGGUCAGGGGACUUGCAGCAGGACAGGCUCAGAGUGCUGAGACUAAGUCCAUGCUGUGCGCUGAGGCUUUCUCUCGCCGGCUGUCAGUGCUGGAUUAAGGCUUUUGCUUGGACUGGGAUUGGAUUGCCGGAGCUCUGAGGGAUACUGUGGAUGGACAGCUCUACCAUGACUGCCUGGGUCAUCGCACCAGUUGCGCUGCCUACCUUCUGCAUCACCGGGAUGUGCAUUGUAUAUGCAAUGGCUUUGUCCAAUGGCCACGUCUGCCCAGUCAGUAACUGGGUCUAUAACCGAUCUUGUGAGAAGGAGAUCCCCAAGCAAAGUGCUCCAAUUGCCUGCUGCACCCUUGAUCAUAUUCCACUUGUCAGUAAAUGUGGUACAGUGCCUCCAGAAAGCUGUCUAUUUGGUCUGAUCUGCACCUUGGGAUCCUUUAUGGUCAUACUUGUGGGCUUGCUGCGUUAUGCCCAGGUGAUGGAGACAUACUUACAAUCUGUCCUAAACACUGCUGGAUUGUUCUCAGGAUGGAUUUGUGCCAUCGGACUAAUCAUUAUUGGAAAUUUUCAGGUUGAUGAAGUAAAGAUUCUACACUACAUUGGUGCAGGAAUGGCCUUUCCUACCAGUAUGCUGUUUGUGGUUCUGCAGCUGGCUUUGACGUACAGAAUGGCACAGAAGAAGCAUGAGUACUGGAUUGGACACAUUCGUUUCUUCAUCACCAUACUUGCCUUCAUCACUCUUGUUUUUAGUGGUGUGCUUUUUAUUCAGGAGAGCUUUGAACUUCAACAUGCUGCAGCCAUUUGUGAGUGGGCUUUCAUUAUCACCAUCCUACUCUUCUAUGGAACAUUUGCUUUUGACUUUGGGACAAUUUCAACAGAUACAUUUCUACUUAUGCUGAAGACAAAUCAGGUCUGCAAAUCCUUCAGGUCAGAAAGCAGCAUGGUUUCUAGCCGCCAUGUCAACAGUAACUCUGAGAAUAUUGCAAUGAUAUAAAAGCUUCUAAGUAAGGAUAUUACUCAGGGAAUAAACCACUGACAUUUCAGGAGAGUCACAUAUAGAUCUUUACAGCACAGGCCUAACAUGUUAAAAUAAGGACUGCAUUCUCAUCUGCAUAAAAUUAUGUUUCUUCUUGUGUUGCCAAAAGAAAGGACCUUGGAUAGUGGAGAAAUAAAGAUUUGUGACUGUCAUCAGCGCCUGAACUUCAGAGAAGUGAUCUGUAGAUGUUAAUCUUCAAGCAACACAGGGGUCAUCUAGAAAAGGGACUUUGGUGAAACCUUCAAAUCAGUUUAAAAUCUGGAAAACUCAGCCAUUCUGUGCUGUGAAAAUCUGGGCCAGAAUUCAACCAAUUUGACCUUCCUUCCUAAACAUCAUAUUUUUGUAAAGAAAAGGUUCUUCUGACAGGCUCAGGACUCUGGUGUGGGGGAUGAAAAAAGACAUGCCAAAAUAUGUGGAAAGCAUUCACCUUCCAUAAUAAAGCCAAAGAUAAACUGCUACAGGGAUAAAAGGUUGACAUUCUUAAUGGAUACUGCCCUGUGAUUACCAUUCAUUCUGGGGUGACUUGCUUCAUUAAGGCCAUUCCAGUUUCAAAUUAUUUUACACUAAUUAUACUUUGUAAAAAAAGUUGAUUUUUAGUAAUGAUUUUUAUGUCUUUCUAAAAAUACACAGAACACUUUUUUAUAAUUUAUAGGACAGAAUGUAUAUGUGUAUAUAUAUCUAUCUAUAUAUAUGUAUGUGUGUAUCACACUGACAAAAGACAAAUUAAAUAUUUCUGUACAAAUGGAAGUCUGUUCCUAUGAAAAAGUUGCAUUUAAAAUGCAUUUAUAAGCAUACCAUGUGUAUGUAUGUAUGCAUGUGUUUACACGUGUGAAUCAUCUCUGCACUGUUUGUAUACACUUUAGUUACCCUAAUUCCUGCUAUUCUUUGUAAGAGGGGCUGGUGAGCCCUUUUAACACCCAACAACACUUUUUUGUAGUGCUGCACAAGGAAGGUGUGGAGUUUGUGCGAGCCCCCUUACAAAGCAUAACAAAAAGUAAAGUUACUAAUUAUUGUGGUAUUCUCAACACAAGUAGUGUUCACAAAUUACACUUACACGAGUUCACUGUCACAACCAUUAAAGUACACUUAGCCUGAGAGUCACUGAGAUGUCUACUGAAGCCUUAUGAAAAUUAUUGCAGCGUGCUUAGCUCCUGGAGAACUGCAUGCCACAUGACAAAAUGACAAAAUCUAGUUUCUUAACGUGAGCUAUUUUGUAAUUAUGCUAGCUUUAGAAGAUGGAUGGAUGGAUGAGUAAGUAGGUUUAUAAAGAGAGCUGUUGUGAUGCAUCAAACUAAUACAGGUAAGAAUAUUUUACUUCUGUGAUAAAUGUUGACUGCAAAUGCCUUAUUCUCAUAAUAAAUGAAGCAGUUUGUAAGCAG